AUGGCGGGGGAAGUCCAAGGGUCACAGAACAAUGACAUGAAAAGACAAUUUCUGCUAGAGCGACUGCUGGAUGCCGUGAAGCAGUGCCAGAUCCGCUUCGGAGGGAGAAAGGAAAUCGCCUCGGAUUCUGAUAGCAGGGUGACCUGUCUGUGUGCCCAGUUUGAGGCCGUCCUGCAGCAUGGCUUGAAGAGGAGUCGCGGAUUAGCGCUAACAGCAGCUGCGAUCAAACAGGCAGCCGGCUUCUCCAGCAAAACGGAAACAGAGCCCGUGUUCUGGUUCUACGUGAAGGAGGUCCUCAGCAAGCACGAGCUCCAGCGCUUCUACUCCCUGCGCUACAUCACCUCGGACGUGGGCCGCGGCCGGGCCUGGCUGCGCUGCGCCCUCAACGAACACUCGCUGGAGCGCUACCUGCACAUGCUCCUGGCCGACCGCAGCAGGCUCAGCACUUUUUAUGAAGACUGGUCUUUUGUGAUGGACGAAGAAAGGUCUAGCAUGCUUCCUACCAUGGCAGCUGGUCUGAACUCCAUACUCUUCGCGAUCAACAUUGACAACAAGGAUUUAAAUGGGCAGAGCAAGUUUGCUCCUACUGUCUCGGACCUCUUAAAGGAGUCAACGCAGAACGUGACUUCCUUGCUGAAAGAGUCCACGCAAGGAGUGAGCAGCCUUUUCCGGGAGAUCACGGCGUCCUCUGCUGUCUCCAUUCUCAUCAAGCCUGAGCAGGAGACUGACCCUCUGCCCGUCAUGUCCAAGCAUGUCAGUGCAGAUGCCAAAUGUAAAAAGGAACGGAAGAAAAAAAAGAAGGUGACCAAUAUUAUCUCAUUUGAUGAUGAAGAAGAUGAGCAGACCUCUGGCGAUGUGUUUAGAAAGAUACUUGGGACUGGGGAGAGCUCAGAGGAGAACUCCGACCGCUCCUCCGUCAAUAUCAUGGCCUUUGAAAGCCCCUUUGGACCUAAUUCCAAUGGAAGCCAGAGCAGCAACUCAUGGAAAAUCGAUUCUUUGUCUUUGAAUGGGGAGUUUGGGUACCAGAAGCUUGAUGUGAAAAGCAUUGACGAUGAAGAAGUGGAUGAAAAUGAGGAUGACAUGUACACAUCGGGAAGGAAGUGCACGGGCCACUCAGAGUCGCCUGAGAAGCCACUGGAUGGGAACACCUGCCUCUCCCAGAUGCACAACUGGGCUCCGCUGCAAGUGCUGCAUGGCGACACCGAUGUCCUCUUUCCGGUCAGCAGCGGGGGCUCCUUCAGCCCUGCAGAUGCCCCCCUCGGAAGCCUGGAGAACGGGACAGGACCCAAGGACCAUGCUCUCCCAGAGCCUAGACCUCGGUACAGCGUGGAAGCCAGUCCUCCAGGCCAAGGAAGUCCUCUGAGCAGCCUGUUACCUUCCGCCUCAGUGCCCGAGUCGAUGACAAUUAGUGAACUGCGCCAAGCCAUCGUGGCCAUGAUGAACCGGAAGGAUGAGCUGGAAGAAGAGAACAGAUCACUGCGAAGCCUGCUGGACGGUGAGAUGGAGCACUCGGCUGCCCUCCGGCAAGAGGUCGACACCUUGAAGAAGAAGGUGUCUGAGCAGGAGGAGCGGCACAUCAUGAAGAUCCAGGCCUUGGCAAGGGAAAAUGAGGUGCUCAAAGUCCAGCUGAAGAAGUAUGUAGGAGCUGUCCAGAUGCUGAAAAGAGAAGGUCAAACAGCUGAAGUGGUACCCAACCUUUGGAAUGUCGAUGGAGAAGUCACUGUUGCCGAGCAGAGGCCGGGAGAAGUUGCUGAGGAUCUAGCGAGCUCCUAUGAAAGGAAGCUCAUCGAGGUGGCGGAGAUGCACGGAGAGCUGAUCGAGUUCAACGAGCGCCUGCACCGGGCCCUGGUGGCCAAGGAAGCCCUCGUGUCCCAGAUGAGGCAGGAGCUCAUCGACCUCCGGGGGCCGGUGCCUGGAGAUCUGAGUCAAACAUCCGAAGAUCAGAGUUUGUCGGAUUUCGAAAUAUCAAACCGGGCGCUGAUCAACGUCUGGAUCCCAUCCGUGUUUCUCCGGGGCAAAGCAGCGAAUGCAUUCCACGUAUAUCAGGUCUACAUCCGGAUAAAAGAUGAUGAGUGGAAUGUCUACCGGCGGUACACGGAGUUCCGGAGUCUGCACCACAAGUUACAGAGCAAAUACCCGCAAGUGAGAGCCUACAACUUCCCACCCAAAAAGGCCAUUGGAAACAAGGACGCCAAGUUCGUAGAGGAGCGGAGGAAGCAGCUGCAGAGCUACCUGCGCAGCGUCAUGAACAAAGUCAUCCAGGCCGUCCCCGAGUUUGCCGCCAGCCCCAAGAAGGAGACCCUGGUUCAGCUGAUGCCCUUCUUCGUAGACGCCGCCCCACCCGGAGAGCCGCUGAGCAAGGGCAGCCGGCCCCGGGUGGCCUCCCGCUUCCCCAAGCUGUCCCGCAGCCAGCCCAGGGAGACGCGCAACGUGGAGCCCCAGAGCGGUGACCUCUGA